GCGACUUCGUGUGCUCUGUGCCAACCUAGAUGGAAUGACGACAGUGGUGUAUGAUCACAUGGUGAAGUGGAUGCAGACAGCACCUUACGACAUUAUAUUCCUGCAGGAAACACACAGAGGAUUUGGCUCGGAGCCGGCGGAGUGGAAGGCAGGUCAGUGGACUUUUGUUAGCUCGCCGGAUCCCUCUUCCCGCUUUGCAGGGGUGGCUAUAGCCAUACGAACCACAGUGGCGGAGCACUACACUGCUCGAAGUGCGGCUGUGAUACCAGGCAGGCUGCUACAUGUUCGUUUGAGUGGGGACGCUUACGGCAUUGACCUUCUGUCUUGCUAUCAGCACGUGAUCACGAACAGGGAGGCUCGGACUCAGAAUGCCUCCAAGCGGGAGCACUUCUGGACACAGCUGGGGAGGCCAUUGGAAGCAUCAGUUCCACUCAAGCCGGGCUGGACCGUGGUCAAGAAUCGCACAAAGCCUGCUUUACGGGAGCGGGUGAAGAAUGCCCUCCGGGAGGCAGAGCAACACACGGCUGACAGCUUGAAUUCCAUCCUGCUUCAAGCUUGCGUUGAUCAAUUUCCGCCGGUGCGCAAGGCGGGAGAUGCAGAGAGUGGGCAGGAACGUCAGAUUGGGCCUCUUUUCCAAGCGACAGGUACGGCGCCGUGGCACCGUAAGCAGCUACUACAAAGGAAGCUGGAGCUUGCUACCCAGGCUGAGCAGAACAAGGACGUUCGGCUGCUUUACGCGGUGGUGAGGCUGGAUCCUCUUCUUCUCUACCCAGGGGAGCUGCAAGCCUCAUUGGGCAGGCAGGACCUAUGUGGACCGCUGACGGAGGCGUUUCACUAUGAGUCGGUGGCAG